UGCUAUCCUGAGUGUCAUUGGGAAACCCGUUCUAGCCGCGACUUUUGACACCAAGUCUCGGUCAAAGUGAGACUUGGAGGUACCAUUGGAGCUUCGCUGCACUGACGAUCCCUCAUAAACAUUCCCCUUCCACCCCCCCCCCCAGCAACGCCGCCAUGCUCGUCUCCCUGACCGUCGGCAAGGUCGAUGCCGGUGUCGCCGUACUCCUCACCGAAGACAAGCGACUAAUCGAAUUCCCUUCCAUCCUCCUCCCCGCCGACAUCCACAGCGGCAGCAUAGUCGACAUCAACGUCUCCCGCAACCAGCCCGCGGAAGAGCGCGCCGAACAAACCUUCGCCGCCCUCCAACACGAAAUCCACACCACCUUCGGCACCCGCUCCCCCUCGCCCCCCGUCCUCCGCUGCCGCAACGCCACCCAAACCAGCGUAGUCCUCGAGUGGGACCCCAUCGACCUCGCCACCGCCGAACUGCGCAGCCUCAGUCUUUACCGCAACGGCGCCAAAGCGGGCAACAUCCCCAUGGGGAAAAUGAGCACCAAAAUCUCGGGUCUGGCGCUGGAUACGGAGUAUACCUUCCAUCUCAUCCUGAGGACUAGUGCGGGACAGUAUGGGAGUGAGAAGUUGACCGUUAAGACGCAUAAGAUGACGGAUUUGCAUGGGAUUACGAUCACGCCUGGGGUGAUGGAUCCGCAAUUGAAAGAUAGUCUGGCGGAGACGGUUAAUAGAAUCGGCGCGAAGAUGAUUGAUCAAGUCCGCAUUGAUACGACGCAUUUUGUCUGUACGGAGCCGAGGGGCCAGGGGUGGGAGAAGGCGGUGGAGAUGAACGUUCCCGUUGUUGUGCCGGAUUGGCUAAAGGGGUGUGAGAGGGAGGGCAGGAUUGUUGGGGUGAGAGCUUAUUAUCUUGAUGCCGAUCCCAGUAAACGACAGAUUGGUCCUAGUGCGACUCAACAGCAGAUGCAGAUGCAGGGGCAGAGUGAGGCGGAGAGGGGCCAGCGAGGAGGCAGGGGCCGGAGCGGGAUGGGAUGAAGGGGGCUGCGCAGGCUGGGGCGGCGUUACAGGGGCAGGUGGAGGGCGAUGGGGAGGGUAGUUUAGCUGGCACGACGCUUGCGGAGAAGCAGACGGAUGGUGGUGAGGAAG